ACAGACCAGUGGUGCGUGGUGAGGUGGUCGGUCGAUGCCGCCUUCGCACUGUGUCGCCCAGUGCCACGGAAAAUGUGCACGGCGCGUGUACUCUGCUGACACGAAAAAGAUCUGAUAAUGGCGUACUUGGUGGUACUACUCUUCUAUUUAGCAUCAGCAAUAGCCGAUGAAACAUGCGACUCUUGCGUCAGAGUCGACGCUAACUGCUACAACGUACAACAUUUGCUCAACCUCCAAGUUAACUUCAGAACGGAAGUAGUCAUCAGAAAAAUGGUCGUACUCGAUUCCGAAAACACCCUAUUUUUCAGUUAUGAACCUGAAAUUGACGACCCUGAGUAUUUCAAGGUGGGAUACGUCAAUUUAGACGAUCCUACCAAGUCCGGUGUUUUGACACAUGACAAUAAUACAAUUCUUAAUUUUGGAACUCUCGACAUCGAUCAAGAUAAAUCCAUAGUGUAUUUAGGUGGAAGCGACGGCAUAUAUACAUACGGUCCUUCCAAAAAAGUUAUAGGUUACAGCUCUAUUGGCGAUGAAAUCUUAAUUUUAUAUUUCAAAGACAACUUGUACAUAGUAAAAGCCAAUGAGAACACCAUUAUCGUUAAGAAAGGAGACGCAUUCGAGAGCGUUUUGGAUUUCUUGGAUUAUACGAUUAUUAAAAAAUUUAUUGUAACCAAAGACAAUAUGAUUGUAUUCCUGAGUUCUUAUGGUUUAUUUUUGAGUAAGAAAGAGAAGACGAUAUGGCUAUCGAAGAAGUUAUCGAAGAACGCCUUUUUCAGGGAUUUGACUGUAGACCUGGACGGUGUUGUGUACGCACUGUGGAUAGAUGGUAUAUAUAAAGUAAUUAUCGAGAAGGAUUUAGCUAAGUCUUCAAUUGUAAGAGUGGCGGCGAUGGAAGAUGUUGGUGCUAUAACGUUUGACAAUAAGAAUAAUUUGUUGUUUACCUCAGGUGCCGCUGUUAAUAAGCUAACACUUAGUAAUGCUACAUUUUGUUGAAAUAUGAUAUAUCUUUUAAUGCACAUCUGUGAUUUAAAAGCUUCGAUGGAAUAGAAUGUUGCGGUAUAUUGUUAGAUUUUAUUUAUGUUCUAAAAUAGUUAGUUAAGAGCCUAGGUAAGACAACAUCUACUAGAGAGAAUAAAAUGAUUUCUUUAUAAUGAAUGUUACAAGAUUAACAAAAUGCACAAUUAUCAGUAUUUCAUUGUAUGUACAAGAAUACUUAAAAAUGUACCUUAUUAGUGUAAUUAAAUUAAGUACCUAAUAAAUUAUUUUG